CGGUGAAUUUAGUCGAAGUGAAACGACAGCAGCGGAGAUCGCAGAGAGUGAAGGGAGAAAUGAGCUUGGCUACGGCGUCGUAUUUGGCUCGGCGAGCGGCGCAGAAGGAGAAGGUUAGGAUCCUUUACCGGCGAGCACUCAAGGACACUCUCAAUUACGCCGUCCAUCGCCACAUCUUCUACCCUGAUGCGGAUGAACUCAGGGAGAGGUUUGAGGCCAACAGACACGUGGAGGAUAUUGAGCUUAUUGACAGAAUGAUUGCUGUUUCUGAAGCAGAGUACAAUAAAUUUCGUCACCCCGAUCCUUACAUCGUUCCUUGGGCUCCUGGCGGUUCUAAAUUUUGCCGAAACCCAGCGCCACCAUCUGGGAUUGAGAUAAUAUAUGACUAUGGCCGUGAAGACGGUGAGAUCCUUGAAAGUAAAUGAAGAACGCUGCUGCUAAUAGAACAAAAAUAGGAGCGAGAAGUGAUGAACUACUGCUUGCUGGCGUGCGAUGAGGUUCGUUCGAUCUGUUGUAAACUUGCCUUUUGGUUUUGCCUUGAACAUUGAGAGCAUUCGACUCUCCAAAUCGACAAUUGUUUACAGGAGUUUUCGACAUUAUUAUGUUGUGUGAGAUUGCUUGAUGGAUGGAUCUAUUUUCAUUGACCAACCAACCUUUCUGCAAUGGAAUGCUAAUAAUAAUGCAGAAAAUCCUCUGCUCCUUUUCCUUGCUUGGCA